AUGGCUAAGAUGAUGCCGUUUCACGGGAGGACGGAGAAGGACGACGAUCUCAUCCUUUUCAAAGAUUUGCAGAAGCAGAAGCGUGAGAAUGAGCGAAACUCAAGCCUCCUUCGUCCUGUUUCCUCGGACGACUAUGAAUGUGACUCAAACGGUGACUGCAACUACAGAAAGUAUCCGCUUUACAGAAUUCCUUCAGGGAAGAAGGAAUCUAGUUAUGAGUUUCUCACAGAAAACCACAAAAACGAUUAUGAUUGGUUAAAAACACCACCAGCAACUCCUCUAUUUCCAUCUCUAGAAAUGGAACCAGGUGCUCCUACCGAUCCUCAACUUGUUCAAAAGGAGUUACCAAUCAUACAGCCUCUUUCAAGGUUUGCAGGGAGUGAUUUGGAGGCCUCAAAGCCAGAAACAAGUGAAGGUAGAGCAAAUCAUAUGAACUCGUCUAAACCAAAACUUUCCACGAGAUCAACAAUCCCCAGUCAUAAUAGACAGAGACCUAGCAUUGUUAAGAACAACACAAAUGAGCAAGAAUCAAGCAUUCUCUCUACCAAAAACAACAGUAAUAGUAAACUCCAUAUGGCUAUUACGGCUUCCAAUGUUAAAACGACCAACCAGAAGCAAAGUAGCGAUGCUGAUACCAUAGCUUUGAACCUUAAAAAGAGCCACGAAGUGAAUGACCCAAAAAGGAUGCUCAAAAGUAGGGGUAUUUCACCUUUCGUGAGGUCAAGUGUUGCAGCUCAUAUUACAAAAGAAUUCCCAGAUAAGGCACCACCAAAUCUACGAACAGAUCAUCGGUCAACAUCUGCUACUCGAGGAAGAAUCAGUAACCCAACAUUGGCUACAGUUGGGUUUCAGAACCAUGAUACCACUCCUAGAGCAAGUAGACAAUCACGUUCACCAUCCCGUAGUGUGUCCCAUGGUAAGAAGCAAUCAGAGGGAACCCAGAAAGAGUGGAGAAACCACAAGGAAAGAUCAGUAUCAGGCAGUGGAGAAAGUAGAACUCAUGUAAGGGGAAGUAAGAUGGUCGAAAAAGUGGUGAAUGCUAGAAGGUCUGCCAACAAUCAAGCUGAGAGAGAAACAAAACCCAAGCCUCUCAAAUAUAGAGCAUAA